AAAAUGUUUGUCAAAUAAUCAUCUUUGUAGCGUUUUUACUAGUGCUGUUUCUGUGAGAUGUGCACCUGUUUAGUCUAAAGCUCUGUGUCAUGGAGAACGACAUUUUGGACUCACUGGAGCAGCUCGGGUACUCGGGCCCUCUGCUGCAGGAGCAGGCUCUCCUGGGGGCCACAGAGGCAGGCCUGUCCUCCUCAGAGCUGCUGGAGCUGUGUGUGUGGCUGAGCUCCAGGCUCCAAGAGCUGUGUGGGCUGGAGGAGAGCAUCACCUCAGGACCUGCAGAGGAGGAGAGUGUGCGCCUGGAGCUGAGGGGGCUGCUGAAGGAGCUGCACUGCCCGUCUGAGGAGCUCCUCUCUAAGCUUCUGAGUGGGACCAUCAAGCCCCGGGACUGCCUCCAGUGUGUCUUGUUCCUGUGCUCAGAGCUGCAGGCGGCACAGAUCCUCAGCUCCAGAGGCUCCUCCCACAAACGCCCUGGUGGAGCUCCUAAGUGUGAGGACCUCAGGAGCAUCUGUGAGACCCUCCAAAUGCCCCUGCCACCAGGAGAGGGCGCCACAGAAAUCUUCUCACAAAUUCACAACAAGGUGGAGACAGUCCUGCAGCAGCUCCCUGGAGGCAGCUGUGGAGAGCCGCUGCUGAAGAGGAGUCUGAGCUCGGAGCAGUGGGAGAAGCUGCAGCAAGUGAACCAGCUGCUGAACUCCGAGUACCAGAGCAGGAGGAGGAUGCUCAUCAAGAGACUGGACGUCACUAUCCAGUCCUUCGGCUGGUCAGACCGAGCCAAGGUGAAGGUGGACAGCAUGGCGCAGGCGUACCAGCCAAAGAGGCACUCGUUCCGGAUGAGCAGCUCCGUGGACAUGGGCUCUGUGUUGGCCGCCAGAGAAGACCUGUGCCACAUCCAGAAGACCAGCAGUGGCUCCAGCCGGGAGAAGACGUCGUGUGCUGUCAACAAGGUUCUAAUGGGGAGAGUCCCAGACCGAGGAGGCCGGCCCUCGGAGAUCCAAGCCCCACCCCCAGAGAUGCCCCCCUGGCAGAAGAGACAGGAUGGGGGAGGCUGGGGGGGCCGAGGAGGAGGGGGGAGCUGGAGAGGAGGAGGGAGAGGAGGGGGGGGAGGAGGGAGAGGAGGAGGGGGCUGGAACCAAGGACAUGGGGGACACGGAGGGUACGGAGGACAGGGAAGACAGGGGGGAUAUGGAGGAGGACACGGAGGGCAUGGCGGGAAGAGAGGACGAUACCAGUAUUAGCCUGUUUUAUUUACUGUAUUACUAACAGACUUAAAGGUGCACUGCAUAACUUUUCUGGCAGAGUUAGCCACCAAUUGGUGAUGUAAUUAUUAUACUCUAAUAUUUCCAUGGUAUUAAAUCACCCCCAGGCAAAGUUAUAGGUCGGUUUUUCAAUAUAUUUUUAUCAAUAAAAACACUUAUAAUGCAAGAUAGAUAAAACAUUUCCAUGGAGAUGAAAAAAUUGCAAAAAAACACCUUUAAUAGACCUUUAAUUUUUAUCAGCUAAAGUGACUGUGGGACACAAGUGUCUCCCUGCAGCGAUAAAAUGUUUUACUUAGAUCUGAUGCAGACAUGCAGAGGUUUGACUUUUUUUUUUA